GCUUCGGACGUGCCUCUCUAUAUAAACCCUUGUAUUUCCACCAAUUUUAUCAUAAGCACUAUAUUCCUGUUUUUUAAAGCUCUGAGCUAUAACAAUUAGGAGUGUGUGUGUGUUUCUCUUCAACCAUUAAAAUGUGGAGUGAAAUUGGCCUUUGCCUUGUAGCCUUUCUUGUUAUUAGAAUUAGCCAUUGGUUCUACACUUGGUCCAACCCUAAGUGCGAUGGCAAAUUGCCUCCUGGUUCAAUGGGUUUGCCAAUUAUUGGAGAAACCCUUCAAUUUUUAUCUCCCUACAAAGUUCAUGAUGUUGCUCCUUUUCUCAAAAGGAGAAUACAAAGAUAUGGACCUUUGUUUCGGACAAGUCUAUUCGGGCAGAAGAUGAUUGUAUCAACUGAUCCGGAGAUUAACUAUACUAUUCUUCAAAGAGAAAGUACAAAUUUCUCAAUUUGGUUGACUGACAGUUUUAGUAAAUUUCUUGGAGAAGAAAACAUGCUCACACAGCAUGGAACCUUUCAUAGAUAUAUGAAGAACUUGAUUCUUCAUCUUGUUGGCCCUGAAAGUCUAAAGGGAAAGCUUCUCCAUCAAAUGGAUGAAGCAACAAGUAGACAUAUAUGUUCAUGGGCCAGCCAAGGCCAUGUCAAUGUCAAAGAGGGAAUCGCAGAAAUGAUAUUUGAAUCAUUUGCAAAGAGGCUAAUAAGUUAUGACGAAAAGAAGAAUGGAAAGCAGCUAUUAGAUAAUUACAAAGCGUUCAUGAAUGGCCUCAUCUCCCUUCCUGUCAACAUCCCAGGAACCGCUUUCCAUGCAUGCGUACAGGGAAGUAAAAACGCCUUGAAGGUGAUUAGAGAUAUAUACUAUGAGAGGAAAGCAACAAAAAUUGCUCAGAAUGAUUUCUUGGAUCGUGUGAUUGAAGAAGUAGAGAAGGAAAACGCUUUUCUAGAUGACGGUGUUGCAAUUAACAUGCUCUUUCUGCUUCUCUUUGGUGCUUUCGAAAGCACUUCUGAAGCCAUCACGUUGCUUACCAAAUUUAUUUCUGACCAUCCUCAAGUACUAGAAGAAUUAGCGAAAGACCACGAGGCAAUCCUUAAAGGCCGAGCUGAUGAGAAUUCUAGGCUUACAUGGGAAGAAUAUAAGUCAAUGACUUUUACACAUAUGGUCAUUAAUGAAACAGUUAGAUUGGCAAACAUAGCUCCUAUGAUGUUUAGGAAAGUAGGAAAAGAUGCAGAGAUAAAGGGAUUUACAAUUCCCAAAGGUUGGAUAGUUAUGGUGGCGCCUGCUGUUGUCCACUUGAAUCCUGAGAAAUAUGAGGAUCCUCUUGCUUUCAAUCCAUGGCGUUGGAAGGGACAAGACUUGCACUCUGGAUCGAAAACUUUCAUGGCUUGGGGAAGUGGCACUAGACUUUGCGUUGGAGCUGACUUUGCUAAACUUCAAAUUGCAAUUUUUAUCCAUCAUUUUGUUGGUAAAUACAGGUGGUCAGUGACCAAAGGAGGGGACUUUAUUCGAAGGCCUAGUCUGAUUUUUCCAAACGGAUUGCAUAUCAAAAUUGAAGAAAAGUGAAAGUCAUUUGAGGUGUUGAUGACGAUGAAACGAAUCGAUUCUAUAAAAAAGAGUAGUGUAAUUUAUAAGAAGUUAUCUCUUGAUAACCUUAACAACAUGUUAUUUUAAUUGUUCUCGAGUAUCUUCUCAUUUCCUUUCAUUUCAUUGUGUUGAGAUAUAACUGUAUAUUAGUUGAAUAAGUUUGUACAAUGAACAAUUUAAUGUAAUACAAAUGUCUAGUUAGAAGGUA